UCACUCUGCGUUUUAAAGGACCCGGAAAUACAAUAUAGUUUCUCUGAGGAAUAAAUGGGCUUUGUCAGUCACCCUUAGUGCCAUAACAUUUGGUUAUUUGCUGGUGGAUUGAGGAGGUCAGAGCAAACAGGAAGUGCGGCUCGCGAGUGCUCCUGGACACGGCCGUUUGCCUGAUCAUCACAAGGCGGCUCGGCAUGUGAUAUCGAUCAGGAUAAACGUUGGCUGGCCACAUAAAGACAGCGAGCGUCCUCCAACCAAGCGUGCUAUCACUCAAGACAUGCAGUCUGAUACUUAGCUGAAUCUCCAUCGGAUACUCUGAGCCCUGGACGGCACCAUGGUUCACGUGUACAACUGUCACCCUUUCGCAUCCCAGCAAAUCGUACCAACCGAGCAAGAGCCCGGACUGGUGUGCUGUGGGGGUGAUGCACUCUUCGUGGUGUCUGCUGGAGGAUGCAAGAUCGAAGCCUAUCAGAUGCUGGAGGAGACGUGCUCCUUUAUAUGUCGCUUUUCGACCAUGGGCAGCGUUAAGAGCAUAGCGUACAAUCUCCUGGGGGAUUAUCUUGUUACGAUUGAAGAGAAGAACAUGGCCACUUAUCUUAGAGCUUACACGAACUGGCGCUACCAAGCUGCGGAGAAGACCCGCGUGGGCGUCCGUCUGCUGGGUCACCUGCUGCGGAGCUCAUCUUUCCGAGGCGCGCCCAAGGAGCAGAUGGAGAUCAUCGAGAUCCCGCUGGUGGAGCCGCCGCUGUGUGUGGCCUGCUGUCCGCUCACAGGCGACCUCCUGGUGGGGUGCUCCCGGAGCCUGGUGCUCUUCAGCUUGAAGAGGCAGACUGUGGAGGAGCGGCUGUGCAUGUUGGACUUCGAGCGCCUCCUCGUUCUGCACGUGCCGGGCUGGACGCCGUCUCAGGUGGCCUUCUGUGCCGGUUAUGUGGCCCUGCAGACAGACCUGGAAGUCCUGGUGAUCAAGCUGGAGAACCUCAGAAGCCAGUCUGUGGAGCGGCAAGAGCGGCAGGAGCAGCAGGAGCGGCAGGAGCACUGUCUGCUGCCAUAUGACAUCGUACCUGCAGCCAGCAAUAAUGAAGAUUCGGAUGGUAGGAGAGAAAAGCCAGAGGCCCAGCCUGACUCGGAUGAUUUCUUCAUGCUCCCCAAACACCAAGAGAUGCUUGGUGAGGAUGCGAAGGACUCUGGUGUCUCCGUGUCCCUGGAAUGGACAGCUGUGGAGCGCGAGAUCCGUAGCCACCUGGGAUUGACGUACAUCCUGUACAGGCGGUUUGCCCCUGAUUUCUUUGAAGGGUGUCAUGUGGAGGACACCAGGUUACAUUCCCUGCAGCUCCUGCCUGUGUUCACUGCAGCAGAGCCAGGGAUCCAGGAAGGGGUCGGCGUUGCCAAGGAGACCGAGCCGACAUGCAUCUUCUGUUUUUUCUCACUGCCCAACUCGGGGUACAUGUACAGCAUCAGGAACACGGUCGAGCUCAUCUCCACCUACCAGUACCCCGAAAAGGCCCAGCAGGCUGUGCUCAGCCAGUUCUUCCUGCACGUGAUCACCAGGAACGCGCUGCAGUGCUUCUCAGUGCGUUGCAGUGCGGUGGCAGCCCGGGCUGUGGACCCCUAUAUCGACACCACCAUGAGGGCCUGCCCUGCCUACACCAUGGAAGUCUGUGCCCUUCGCAUCCAGCUGUUUAUCGGCCUGAAGACGGUCUGCCAUGACAGGAACCACAUUGUCCUGCUGACAGCAGCUGACUUGGAGAGCAAGGAGGAGACGGAAAAGGUCACCAGGAGAACUAUCAUGCCUAAAGAUCACAAAACCCUUACUGGGAUUUUCCUAGCGGUAGGUAUAGAGCCGCCAUCCUCAUCUGGACUGGAGAGCUUCUUGUACCAUUCAUUUUUGUCUAGAAAGACUUCAGCUCCCAAACCAAAGGAACCUAGUGAAGGCAGCCACGGUUGGAACCUGUAUGUGGUCAACACAGUACCCAUAAUCCCACUGUACCGAGAGAUGGUGGAAUACAGCAGGAAUUAUGAGGCCACGAAUCCUCUGUCUCAGAGCUGCAUCCACCUGCUGAGCGAGGCCCACUUGCUCCUGCGUGCGGCGCUGCUGGACCGCCAGGCCGGCGACCCUGCAGACGGGCAGCAGCUUGAGGAGGCCUUCCGCGAGAGCUGUGCUCAGCUGGGGGACUGCUACAGCAGGUUUGACAAGCGGGACUGUCAUUUGGCACUUCCCUACUACAAGAUGUCUGCUUUGUCCGUCACUGACGUCAUCCUGAGGAACGUGGCCUUCGCAAGGACCAUGAUGACCUUUGGCAGAGGCUUCCUGUUUUUCCUCAAACAUUCCCUGUAUGAAGAAAGCAUGGAUGAACUUAGCGAGGAAACCGCAAACUUGGUGCUUGACAUUUUCGCGAGCACCGAGCUGGCCCAGCUACCCCACAUCAUCAACAGUCCCAUCAUGCGCCAUGGUAGCCCCGCCUCCGCCCUGCCGCUGUUGGAGAAGCUGGAGGCGGAAGGCGGGCCAUCGGUGACUGUCACGCUCACCAAAGCCGCGCUUCAUCUCCGCCUGGGCAACCUGCAGCAGUACAAGCAGGAAAUGGACCGGCACACAGAGAUGCUUCAGGUAUACGGCUACAUCGAGGAGCCCAAGUUGCUCCUGCAUGGCCGAGGGAAGGCCAUCGUUCCCACUGCGCUGGCCCAGAAGCUGAAGGACACCCAGGACGGCCUGCUAGUGGCUGCAAUGGUGGCCCUCCACGAGAACAGCAAGAUCUGCCUCGAGGAGGCCGACCUCUUCUUUCUGGAGCUGUGCAAAGGUGCCACAGAGUUGGAGAGUGGCCCUCAACUCCUGGUAGAUUUCUGGGAGUCCCUCCUCGUGGCCUCAACAAGCAAGUCUGUGAUUCAGGAGCUCCUGUUCCGCCUGGCGUCAGUCUACAUUGACCGCAUUGCCAAGAAGAAAAAUUACGGGAUGAAACCCCUGAAGACCACGGAUGAUCUGAUCAAUUCCUGCUGUCACUAUGGCCAGCUGUUUCCCUGGGUGAGCGUCCUCACACCCUUGCAUUUCAACGUUGCCCACGACCAUCACGAAGAUCUGCAGAAGCUACAGUCGCUGCUCUGCGGUCCCACACUAGACGUGUCCUUCAUACUCCCCUUGCUGGAGCAGCUGUCGGACCGGGACAGCGCCGGCCUCAGCGUCCACGUGCUGUGCACCACCAAGCUGGGCCACCACGAGCGCUCCAUCGACCGGCUGCUGGACCUCUGCCCCCAGGCCGUCCUUCCCUAUGCCAUCCACCAGCUGCACCAUGACAAAACGGUACUUUGGUGGAAAAAGCUUUUCCCAGAGCUCUGUGACAGAACCCGAGCCACUGGAGGAAAGGAUGACAUCCUACUGACCGCACUGAAAGAAACACUGAAGGUGGUCGCCAUGGAGCUGAGCCCUCUGGAGCUUUUGAACCUGUUACCAGACGACGGGACGGCGCAGUUCUUCCUCCCGUACCUCCUAGAGUGCGGCCAGAAGCAUCUCCUGCCGGCGUGAAAGCAGCCAGACCGGUCCCCGCUGGCGGAUUACCACGGAAGGGCUGGUGUGACACACUUCGUCAAGUGUGUGUAGCAAUAAGAAUGCAGCCUUACUUGAUUAUAGCUCUAAGUAUAUAUAAAUAAAAAUGUGUGUGUGACACUGAUUGUAGCAUUAGGCUGGAAAUCACUAGUAUUGUACGGAACCUUUACAACCGGAAGCCAGAUGCUGCUGCUGCUUUUUACACUCAGACAGCUGACUGUUGCACGGCUGACUGCUGUCUGAUAUUUGUUUGCUAGGCAAUUUUUAUGUAUAUAAAGAGAAUUCAGUUCCUUCUAUACUCAGAUAUACAUCGCAGGUGUUACUUUUAGGGAAGAAAAACUACAUAGAAUUUUUCCUUUUUGGAAGAUGACAUAACUCUUACUGUUAUCUGUGUAUAGAGAGCGUAUAGUACGCACAUAACCUGUGAAUAAAUAUUUAUUUAUGUUGCAUAAUUAAA